GCAGCGUAGCGAGUGUUGAAUGCAGACGGAGCGGCGGAGGAUGGAGCAGAGGCGCACAGAGAGAAGAAGAUCUUAUCCUCUCUCACACUCACCUCAGAGACAUAUUUAUCUCAAUAACUCAUCUUAACCAUAUUUUAUUUUAUUUUUUUCAUGCUGACAUCCGCCCACGGGUCUACUUGAGGACAUUCUGUCACAGCUACACCGGUACCGAGGGGAGGAAAAUCAUCCAAACACCUCGCGUAAAAAGCUUUGGAGCGUGGUUUUAAACGGACACGUCUUCUGUUGGGAUUUUCUGUCACUGCCAUAGCCAAAAUGGACGAAGACAAUCAUGUUCCUGAAGACCUGUCCUUAGAAGAGAGGGAUGAGCUAUCAAGCAUCCGACGGAGAAAAAGGGAACUACUGGACGAUAUUGAGAGACUCAAGUUUGAAAUUGCAGAAGUGAUGACGGAGAUCGAGCAGCUUACGUGUGUGGGAGAGAGCAAAACCUCACAAAGGAACAAACAAAUCGCAAUGGGCAGAAAGAAAUUCAACAUGGAUCCCAAAAAGGGAAUCCAGUUCUUAUUGGAGAACGACCUACUUCAGCACACUCCUGAAGACAUUGCCCAGUUCCUGUACAAAGGAGAGGGCCUCAACAAGACUGUCAUAGGAGACUACUUAGGAGAGAGGGAUGACUUCAACAUAAAGGUGCUUCAGGCUUUUGUGGAGCUUCACGAGUUUGCUGACCUCAACCUUGUCCAGGCGUUACGACAGUUCCUGUGGAGCUUCCGUCUGCCUGGAGAAGCACAAAAAAUCGACCGAAUGAUGGAGGCAUUCGCUUCUCGCUACUGUCAGUGUAACCCCGGGGUCUUCCAGUCCACAGAUACAUGCUACGUACUGUCAUUUGCUGUCAUCAUGCUGAACACCAGCCUGCACAAUCCAAACGUUCGGGACAAGCCCCCCGUGGAGCGCUUUAUCUCCAUGAACCGGGGCAUUAAUGAGGGGGGCGAUCUGCCGGAGGAGCUGCUCAGGAACCUUUACGACAGCAUCAAAAAUGAACCGUUCAAAAUCCCAGAAGAUGAUGGGAAUGAUUUAACGCACACAUUCUUCAACCCCGACAGAGAGGGCUGGCUUCUGAAGCUAGGGGGCCGGGUCAAGACGUGGAAGAGGAGGUGGUUCAUUCUCACAGACAACUGCCUCUACUACUUUGAAUACACCACAGACAAGGAACCUCGAGGAAUCAUCCCUCUGGAAAACCUCAGCAUCCGAGAGGUUGACGAGCCCCGAAAACCCAACUGUUUUGAGUUGUACAACCCUAACCACAAAGGCCAAGUGAUCAAAGCCUGCAAAACCGAAGCGGAUGGACGGGUCGUUGAGGGCAACCACGUGGUGUACAGGAUAUCAGCGCCCACGCCGGAGGAGAAAGAGGAGUGGAUCAAAUCUAUCAAAGCCAGCAUCAGCAGAGACCCAUUCUAUGAUAUGCUCGCCACCAGGAAAAGGAGGAUAGCCAACAAAAAAUGAUGACCCUUUAACAUGAUCCAUGAAACAUGUCUGCAACCAGCAAAAUCCCUCCCUGUGUGUCUUGUUCUGGGGAGUAAUGAUGGAGCUAUAUUUUCUCAAGAGUGAAGCUGUUUGGACUUCAGUUUUUGAAGGAGCUCUAAAGAAAGAAUGGACAGGAAACAGACUGUAAAUUGAAGCUGUGACCAUUCUGCCCCCUGCUGGACACAGGCGUAUCUGCUUCAUUGGAAGAAAGGAGAUUUGAAUCCAGUUAUCUUCCAAAUAGAUUAAUGAUGCCAAACCUUUUUGACUUUUGCCCUUAUUGAUUGAUUAGAACUACAAAAGCCUCAAGUUUGAAUCAGCUGGUCUGAUUUAACCAUUCAGUAAUGUAUAUGAUUUUAAAAUCUAUUUCUAGGUUUUGAGCUAUUGUUUUAGUAUCAAACUGGAAAUGUUAAGGAGACUCUCCAACCAUAGAAUUUGUCAUACCUAGUCCAACCCAACUUUGAAGUAAUUUAUAUUGACCAUUCUCCUUGGUGUUCAUUUAUUUUUGUAUUUAUUUUUACCAAUUU